AUGACCCGAAUUCCCCGCGUCUGCUCCGCUGUUACAUACAAGUCGUAUGUCACGUGUUUGGAGCCCCUCAGGCUUGAUAAGCAGCGUCAUCUUCUGUUGCAGGUGAAGAGAUCGAUCAUGCUGAAGAUGGCGGACGCCUGCGCGGACAGCUCGAAGCAGACUCGCUUCCACGAGAUGCACGUGCAGCGGCACAACAACGUCAGCAUACUGUACGCGGACAUAGUGAACUUCACGCCGCUCUCCGAACGGCUCAGCGCUUCGGACCUCGUGAAGACCCUGAACGAGCUCUUCGGCCGGUUCGACCAGAUAGCCCAGGAGAACCAGUGCAUGAGAAUCAAGAUCCUGGGUGACUGCUAUUACUGUGUAUCAGGACUGCCUGUGUCGAGGCCCAAUCACGCAUAUAACUGCGUGAACAUGGGCCUGCAAAUGAUCGACGCUAUACGUUUCGUUCGUGAGGCGACUGGUUUCAACGUGGAUAUGCGUAUCGGCAUUCACACUGGAAACGUCCUCUGCGGAGUCCUCGGUCUUCGCAAGUGGCAGUUUGACGUAUGGAGCGAUGACGUCACGCUCGCCAAUCACAUGGAGUCGGGUGGCAUUGCCGGGCGCGUUCACAUAACAAAAGCAACAAUGCUCCAACUCGGAGGUAGGUUCGAAGUGGAGCCAGGAGAGGGUGCUUCCCGCGAGGGCUACCUGGCUGACCAUAAAGUGGAGACGUACCUGAUAGUUCCACCCAGGAAACCGACGGGAAUAUCGGAAAACGGCCGUUUGUCUGUGUGUACAGUCGAUCGCAAAGCAAGCAUAGUAUCCUCGCUAUACCAAGAUGUCUCUCCAACCAGGCCAAGGGAAAACAUCAGCCCGGCACCUUCGCAGCACAGUUUCGUUGAGCAGGAAACCACGAAGGUCUUGAGAACCGAGUCGCUUCGUAACCCCGGAGAUCUAAGUCGCAGAGCUUCUGUAAGAGUGGAAGGUCUAAAGACCGUGGCAUUCGAAAACAACAACAGUGCGAAUGCUGGUGAUGGAUUAACGAAUGGUACAGUCAGCACCAAACCCAAAAGUAGGAGUGGCUCUAUUAUUGGCGCCAUCAGUCCUAUAAUGGGUACAGAAAGUGAUACAGAGUCUCACCAAGAGAUGGAAACUACGCGGCCAACUCUAUUUCUUAGGAUGAUAAGUACAAUAUCAAUGGAUUCACAACCUACACCGGGCGUUCCAUCUAGAUCUCGCCCAUCUAGCAAAAUGACGAAGUACGUGGAAUGCUGGGGUGCGGACAAACCGUUCGCGAACAUCACUGACUCAACUCUGGCAAAGAAUAUUGGUAUUUCGAGCCUAGCGAUGAUAGAGCAAAACUUGCUCCCGCAAAGGACCUGCUGCGACUGCAGCAACAACUCGGAGGGGAUGAACCGCGUCACUCUGUGGUUCAAGAACGGAGACCAGGAAAGCCAGUACCGCGACCAGAGCGAUGCCCAGUUCAAGUACAACGUCGCGUGCGCCACUGCCCUCUUCUCACUCCUGGCCUUCAUUCAAAUGCUGACCGUACCCAAGAGCAUAGUUAUGUACGCGUCUUUUGGGCCAACUUUGCUGACACUGGUGGUGUUUAUGUAUCUGUCGUGGUGUGACGGUCACUUUCCCGGACUAGGGAUGAGCUUGCUGUCUGACAUGCCUCGCCUGGCCGAUGACUAUGCCGACAAUUGUUACAAACCUGGACAGGUAGUUGCCAACAACUGUUACAUAAGAUUCACCAUGUUCUUAGUGACGGUGCUACUGAUAGGAUCAUGCGCAGUUAUAAAUUUGUUUCAGACGUUUCUUGUACAAGAGUUCCCAGAGGAAAUUUGGAGUACCAGCAAUAGUUCAGCAUCUGAGAAUAUUACCGGAGUACCGUUAUACGUUGACGUCGAUUCAGCCCCUACCUUCAUAUACAGUUCAGUGCUGACCCUCGCAUCGAUAUCGGUGUUCCUUCGCGUCGGUUUUGUGAUGAAGCUGGUGCUGAUGAUCCUGACGUUGGUGACUCACAUCGCGCUGUUCGCGUCCGCAGAACUGUUCAAUCAGUACCAGAAAGGAGAGUUGGAUACAGAAUUCUCAAUGCUGCCUUAUUCGGCCAAGGCAGGCCUGGUGUUGAUAUUCCUGGCUGCGUUGCUCCACAUCCUCGAUCGACAGAUAGAGUUCACGUCCAGGACGGACUUCCUGUGGAAGGACAAACUCAAAUUCGAGCAGGAGGAGGUGGAGACCAUGAGGGGGAUAAAUAAGAUUCUGCUGGAGAACAUUCUGCCGGCCCACGUUGCUGAGCAUUUUCUUACUUCCGUUGCGUCAGAGGAAGAUCUGUACCACGAGCGAUACUCGAGCAUCGCGGUGAUGUUCGCCUCCAUCCCCAACUACAAGGAGUUCUAUGACGAGACUGAUGUCAACAAGCAGGGCCUGGAGUGUCUGCGGCUGCUCAACGAGAUCAUCUGCGACUUUGAUAAGUUGCUGCUGAAGCCCAAAUUCAGCUGCAUAGAGAAAAUCAAGACCAUCGGCAGCACGUACAUGAUUGCUUCGGGCUUAAGGCCCGGCAAGGAAGAGCAGUUGGACGCGAACAGGAAGGAGGAGCACACGGUGGCGAUCCUCGUCGAGUUCGCGGUAGCCCUGAUGACGAUCCUGGACCAGAUCAACAGGGAGUCCUUCCAGCGGUUUAAACUGAGGAUAGGUCUGAACCACGGGCCGGUGAUAGCGGGCGUGGUGGGGGCGCAGAAGCCGCAGUACGACAUCUGGGGCAACACCGUGAACGUCGCCUCGCGGAUGGACUCCACCGGCCUCAUGGGCAGGAUCCACGUCACCGAAGACACCGCCAAGGUCCUUAUGAACGUCGGCUACAGCUGCGAGUGCCGUGGACCCACUUACGUCAAAGGGAAGGGCACGCUGACUACUUACUUCGUGAAGACGCCGAACUUCAGCAGCGGCAUA